CCAACCUCCAUUGAUUGCGUUGUAAUGCCAAUUUCGUUUCUUUAGAGAACGACAACUGCAGAAAUUAAUUCUCGGGUCUUUGAGCCAUUGUUCCUUCGACCUAUCAAUCGUAUCGGGCCCCCGAACUGAGCGUACCUCGCAUCUUGUCUGCAUCGCAACCUCCAAAAACUUUGACACAGCGCCGGCACCAUGAAGGGCAAGAGACUUAAGAAGUACCGCAAGGAGAUGCGCCAGUAUCAACUCAACUUCGGAUUCCGCGAACCUUACCAGGCUCUCUGUGAUUCGGAGGUCCUGGUAGACGCAGAGCGCAUGCGCCUCGACUUUGCCGGCAGACUGAAAGGCGUACUGGGUGGAGAGGUGAAGAUAAUGGUCUCGCAGUGUUCCAUGCGCCAUCUCUACAAUGCUAAGCAGAAGAACGAGGCAUUGAUCGCACACGCAAAGAACUUCGAGCGACGACGCUGCGGACAUCACGAACUGGAAGAGCCAUUGGACACACAUGAUUGCAUUACUGAGUGUGUUGGUCCCUCGAACAAACAUCGCUAUGUCGUCGUCACGCAAGACCCGAAAACACGAGCCGCCAUGCGACAAGUCCCUGGUGUUCCCAUUGUAUACAUCGCGAAGAGCGUCAUGAUAUUAGAACCGAUGGCCGAAGCUACAGAAGAUGCUCGAGAGCGGGAGGAGAAGGCUAAAUUCAGGGCAGGUCUAAAGGGCCGCGGAAAUGCGGAUGCUGGACAGAAGAGAAAGCGAGAUGAUGAUGAGGAGAGUGCUGGGCAACAGGACGAGUCUGCUGAGCGACAAAGUGGAUCUUCUAGCCAACGCCAAAAGAAAAAGCGGGCGCGAGGCCCUAAACAACCGAACCCGUUGAGCAUGAAGAAAUCUGCGAAAAAGCAGCCUUCUCAGGCUGAACGUAAGACCACCACGAAGCCUAGUUCUGCCGAUGGUCAAACGGAAGACUCGAAAGCCGACGGAUCGGGUUCAAGGGGCGACGAGGGCGGAAAGCGCAAGAGGAAGAGGAAGCCCAAAACGCAGGGUCAAGGACAGGAAGAUGGUGCCACUCCCGUCGAGGUGGAUGCGAGUACAUCAUGAGAAAUUUUCGAUACCCUAGGGCAAGCCUUUUGGCUACAAGGGCGCUGAGUUUUAUAGCUAAUGAAAAGCAUGGAAUCGGGUUUGCAGCUGUCCGGCUGCACUCAAACUUUCUUGCCCUGAGCAAGAAGAUCCGAUACCUUCGGU